ACAACAGACAGACUGCAAAGCAGACUUCAUUGACCUCUCUCCUCCUCUCUCUCUCUCUCUGUCCCUCCCUGCUCUCUCCCUUCAAUCGGGUUUGGGGAGAUUUCUCUCGGAGCUGGAGAGGAGAGGUUGGCCGUCUCUCUCCUCCAGCAGCUUUCUUCCGCUUCAUCAUGGAUCUGUGGACUAAAAGAGUCGCUGGGAUUAUCGCUCAGGUGGCCCUGCUUCUCUGCAGCUCGUAUGGGACAACCGGAGAAGAGGUGUGUGACAGCGCGUUGGUGUCCAAUCUGCCGCCAUCAGCCUUCAGAAGCUCCUCCCUGCUGUCCAGCAGCCAUGCGCCGGGUUUUGCCAAACUCAACAGGAGAGAAGGAGCUGGAGGUUGGUCUCCUCUCACCUCAGACAGGUAUCAAUGGUUGGAGGUUGACCUGGGUGAGCGGACCAAGAUCACAGCUGUUGCUACGCAGGGCCGCUACGGCAGCUCUGAUUGGCUGUCGUCCUACCUGCUGAUGUUCAGCGACACGGGACACAACUGGAAACAGUACCGGCAGGAGGACAGUAUAGGGUCUUUUCCAGGUAACAGUAAUGCAGACAGCGUUGUUCAGUACAAGCUGCAGCAGCCAGCGAUCGCUCGUUUCCUCCGCCUCAUCCCUCUGGACUGGAAUCCCAGCGGACGGAUCGGACUCCGACUGGAGACCUACGGAUGUCCUUACACCUCUGAUGUGGUGAGUUUGGACGGCGGCGGCAGCAGUCUGGUGUACAGGUUGAGUCCCACGCCAAGGCGGAUAUCCAGAGAGGUCGUCUCUCUGAAGUUUAAAACCCUGAGGAAUUCUGGGACACUGCUGCAUGCAGAGGGACAUGGAGGACUCAGCCUCAGUCUGGAGCUGGAGAGAGGAAAGAUACUGCUGCUGUCCAGACAAGGCAGGACUUCAUCCUCUGAACCUCGACGUCUUGCCUCCCUCGGCAGCUUGUUAGAUGACCAGCAUUGGCACCAUGUAGCAGUGGAGCGGCGCAGCUCUCACCUCAACCUCACUGUGGACAAAAACACAUUAAGGGUUCAGAUUCCUGCAGAGUUUAACCACUGGGAAAUUGAGCAGUUGAGUGUUGGGGUUGUCCAGAAACCAGUCCUGUCCAAGAGGAAUUUCCAUGGCUGCCUGGAAAACCUGCUGUACAAUGGCCUCAACCUGAUAGAAGUAGCGAAACACAAUGGCCACCAAGUUACAGUAAUGGGCAAUGUGACCUUUUCUUGUGCUGAGCCAGUCUCCGUUGCCGUGACGUUCCCAGGCCCCCAGAGCUUCCUCCAGUUGCCGGGGGCGACAGCAUCUACCUCUGGGGGUGUGUCCGUGGGGUUUCAGUUCAGGACGUGGAACAAGGCGGGGCUUCUGCUCACCUUUGACCUUCCUCAGAAAGGGGGCGUGGUCUGGCUGUACCUGAGUGAGGCCAGACUCCGGCUACAGAUCCAUAAAGUUGGCAGGGCGCUGCUGGAGCUCAGCACAGGUUCUGGUCUGAAUGACGGUCAGUGGCAUUCUGUAGAGCUGAACUCCAGACAAGGUCGUCUGACCAUCACUGUGGAUAAAGAAGAAGGAGGCACCGCUCAUGCCAGCACCUCAUUCCCUGUUGCCAUAGAAAGUCACCUCUUCUUUGGUGGUUGUCCUGCUGAAGACGACAGGCAAGAAUGCAGAAACCCCUUUAACAUCUUCCAAGGCUGCAUGAGUCUCCUGACUCUGGACAACCAAAACGUGGACCUGAUCAUGGUGCAGCAAAAGCAGCUGGGAAACUACAGCAACCUGCACAUUGACAUGUGUGGAAUCAUCGACAGGUGUUCUCCUAGUCGAUGUGAACAUGGCGGCCGCUGCAGUCAGUCCUGGACCAUCUUCCACUGUAACUGCUCUGACAGCGGCUACAAUGGAGCAACCUGCCACAGCUCUGUGUACGAACAGUCCUGCGAGGCGUACAAACAUAACGGCAACACGUCGGGACAUUUUUAUAUCGACGCGGACGGCAGCGGACCAAUCAAACCACAGCUGGUCUACUGCAACAUGACAGAGGAGAACACAUGGAUGGUGAUCCAGCACAACAACACAGAGCUGACUAGACUCAGACCGUCUCCAGGUGGGAACCAGCACUCAGUCCACUUUGACUACUCGACUGAAGAGGAGCAGCUAUUGGUCGUCAUCAGCCAGUCAGAGUACUGCGAGCAGGAACUGUCCUACCACUGCAGGAAGUCCCGCCUCCUAAACACUCCAGAGGGAUCUCCGUUCAGCUGGUGGUUCGGUGGUCCCGGUCCCGGACGUCUCCAGACUUAUUGGGGUGGAGCUCAGCCAGGCAGCCAGCAGUGUGCCUGCGGCCUGCAGGGUGACUGUGUGGACCCACAACACUACUGCAACUGUGACGCCGACCGCAUGGAGUGGACUGAAGACUCUGGUCUAUUGACCCAUAAGGAAAGCCUCCCCAUCAGGUCUCUGGUGCUGGGUGAUAUCCAGAGGCCAGGGUCAGAGGCCGCCUACAGGGUGGGAUCACUCCGUUGUCAUGGAGACAAGAAUUUCUGGAACGCUGCGUUUUUCGACAAGGAGACGUCAUACCUCCACUUUCCCACCUUCCAUGGAGAGCUGAGCGCAGAGAUCUCCUUCUUGUUUAAAACCACGGCUUCCUCUGGUGUUUUCCUGGAAAACCUCGGCAUCAAAGACUUCAUCCGGAUCGAACUGAGCUCCUCCACUCAGGUGGUUUUCUCCUUUGAUGUUGGUAAUGGGCCGCUGGAGGUUCAUGUGGAGUCGAACAUCCCACUGAACGACAACCGGUGGCACCGAGUUCGAGCCGAGCGGAAUGUCAAGGAGGCGUCUCUUCGACUGGAUGAGCUUCCUGCCGCCACACAGGAGGCUCCUGCUGAUGGACACUUUCACCUGCAACUCAACAGCCAGCUGUUCAUAGGAGGUACAGCGUCCAGGCAGAAGGGCUUUCGGGGUUGUAUUCGCUCUCUGCAGCUGAACGGCGUCACCCUGGACCUGGAGGAGAGGGCGAAGAUCACGCCCGGGGUUCGACCCGGCUGCCCGGGUCACUGCAGGAGCUACGGCUCGCUCUGCCAGAACCAGGGCCGCUGUGUGGAGAGAGCCAGUGGCUUCCACUGUGACUGUGGCCUGUCAGCCUUCACUGGAGUCUUCUGCCACAGAGAGGUGUCUGCCAGCUUCAAGUCGGGAACGUCCGUCAGCUACACCUUUAAGGAGCCCUACGAGUUAAGCAGGAACAGCAGCGCCCUGCCGUCCUCCAUCUACUCUGACAUGACCUUGAGAGGAGAGAACAUCUCCCUGAGCUUCAGGACGAACCAGAGUCCGGCUCUGCUGUUUUACAUCAGCUCCUACUACAGAGAAUACCUGGCCCUGCUCAUCAACAAGCACGAUAAGCUGGAGGUGAGAUACAAGCUGGACAGCAGCAGAGAAGCUGAAGUGUUGAGGAGCAGAGUGAGGAGCCUGGCCAAUGGACAGCUACACACUGUGACCAUCAGGAGACUGACAGACUCUGUGUCUGUGCAGAUCGACCAAAAUGCCAGAGAAGACUUCAACCUGACAUCUGAUGGAGAAUUCAACGCCAUCAAGUCGCUGGUGUUGGGCAAAGUGCAUGAUUCUGAUGAGAUGGAUCCAGACCUGGCCAGGUUGGCAUCUCUUGGUUUUACUGGCUGUCUGUCAGUGGUCCACUUUAAUUCGAUCAGCCCUCUGAAAGCUGCUCUGCUCCACCCGGACACCAGCCCUGUCGUCAUCACCGGACCACUGGUCCAGUCCAACUGUGGCUCCUCAGCUUCGGCCAAUCCCUACGCAGCUGAGAACACACACCACCUGUCAGACCAGUCGGGUUCAGUGGGUUCAGGUCAACCUCUAGUCAAUGCCAUCAGGACUGACUCGGCUCUGAUUGGAGGUGUAAUAGCAGUGGUCAUCUUUGUGAUUGUGACUGGCCUGGCAAUAACUGCCAGAUUCCUCUACCAGAGAAAAGAGACGUAUCGAAACCAGGAGGUGAAGGGAGUGAAACAGGAGGACAGCCAAGAUUUCCCUUUCAACAACCAGACUGACUCCCAGAAUGCCUCCAGCGAAAAUCCAAAGGAGUACUUCAUUUAACCGGAGGCAAUGAUGAUCUGAUUAACUCGUGGUUUUUGGAGCCGAGGGGGCAGGAAGGGGUGUCCUGCUAUGCCUCAGGACUUUACACUGCACUCUGAGCCACUCAGAGACUUUCCUGUCAGAAGUGGCUCCACAGCAUGUGGAAGGCAAAAAAGAACAAUUCACGUAGUGUUGUCUUUCUGUUGCUUUACUGUAAAUUAUGAAUAUACUGAUACAAACACACAGGCAACAGUGUUGGACUUGCAGUUUAAGGUGUUGAUAUCCUUGUUUUAAUUGUAAAUAUUCAAAAAUGUACAUGUUGAAUUAAUGUCUUUGUAAGAAUUUCUGGCUAAUGUCACUUUGUCAUAUUGAAUUGUUGGAAAUAGUGGAGAUAUCCGUAUUUUUCAUGGAAUAUGGGAGUGGAAAAUGUGAAGCUACGCCCUUUUGUGGUUUGGUUUCUUCUAGAGUGAGAUGGGUAUCUAGAGACUGACUUUUUGCCCCCCGAAAGUUCAGGUCAGUGGUUUUGAUCACAUGGUUUCACUCACGUUUUACAAGGUCACCACGCUAACCCUCCAGAGAUAUUUUACAGUUCCUCUUCCUCCAUCCCUCCUACUUUCUCUGUAGGUCUCUGCUAAGUUGCAGUUUUAUCAUCUUCUGUCUGAGGAUAUAUAGAUUUUUCUUUCACCAUAUUGCAAAUUCACAUGAGCUUAGUCAUGGAUUUAUAACUUUUAUGAGAUGUGUACAGCAAUUAACCCAUCCAAUGGUCAAUCACAUGCAUGAUUAAGUAAUGUACAAACCAAGCAGAGUUAAUAAACAUUUUUAAAGUUUAGCUCGAAGCUGCUGAGGAGAGAAUUAUGAGAGAACAUCAGGAAGAAAGCUGUAA